ACGAAAUCGUAUUGAAAAACAAAACUUUAAAUUGUAUUCAAAGUUGUGUUGAAUUAGUAGUGAAUCGACAGUUGAUUGCAAUUAUUGACACAAUCAAGUGAUGCCUGAAAUCGCUUUCGAAAAGGUCUCGGCCUUCAGUUCUGAAGAUGCGGCCAACCAAUUGUUUGCCAACAAUUUGCUCAAAACAAAGGACUUUAAGUCUUGGAAAUGUAGGGAAUGGGAGGAUAAGAGUCACGUGAUUCUCGAGACCACCGAUGCUUACAAAGUGGAUAACAUAGAGAUAGGGAACGACUGUUCGGCGUUUGCGGAGGUUCUUGUGUCCAACACGAGUGCCCCAAACGCCAGGUUUCAGGUCCUGCUGUCGACGUCUUCAUUCAUGACCCCAUCCGACAGCAAACAACUG